AUGUGCGCACGGUCAGUGAGACAGGUGGAAAUAAUUCGACAAAUAAGUGAAGUGCAUUCAGGUGAAGAAGAUUCAAUACCUGAAGAUGAUCAAAGUGGAAGUCAAAGUGAUUUUCCAGACAAUGAGGAAACUCAGGAUGAUAAUGUGGUUGCCGAUGAAACUGGAUAUUUUUUGAAUCUCCGUAGAGGACAGAAGCGCCAAAGAUUUUUAUCGGAUUCUGAAAGUAAUAGUGAACAGAAUUUUGAAGACAUUGUCACGGCUCUUGAUGGAACUGUUUGGCAGCGAAUUCAAGAAGGGCCGGCAAUCGGAAGAUCACCACUUUCUUUCAGAGAAGUAUCAGGUCCAACGGCACACGCCAAAAGAAAUAUUAUGUCUGGUAAAGCCUCAUAUGCAUUUUUGGUGAUAAUAGAUCACACCAUUAUUGAAAAAAUACAGAAAUAUACAGAAGCAGAAGCUUUACGAGUUUUGGGGGCUGCAUGGGAUCUGUCUAUAAAAAAAUGAUAUGCAUUUAUUGGAGUGUUAUAUGUACGUGGCGCUUAUCAGGCAAAAAAUUUACCCAUUUCUCACCUGUGGAAUUCGAAGUGGGGACAUCCCUUUUUUUCCAAUGCAAUGAGUAGGAACACCUUCUCAGAAAUUUUGAGAUUUCUGCGAUUCGAUGACAGAAACCAACGAAUCCAACGUUUGAGUGUGGACAAAUUCGCUCUCAUUUCAGACGUAUGGAAGAAAUUCAUAGAAAAUUGCCAGAGUUGUUACAAGCCAGGCGCGGAUCUGAGCAUUGAUGAGCAACUCUUUCUCAUAAAAACUAGAUGCAAAUUUACACAAUACAUGCCAAACAAGCCCGACAAAUUUGGAAUAAAAUUUUGGUUAGCGUCUGAUGUAAAAUCCAAAUACGUUGUAAACGGUUUGCCUUAUUUAGGACAUGAUGAAACCAGACCGACGUCAAUACCACUCAGCGAAUUUGUUGUGAUGAAAUUAGUUGAACCUUUCACCAACUGUAGAAGAAAUAUUACAACAAACAAUUUUUUUACGACUGCAUUUUUGGCUGCAAAAUUAUUGGCGAAAAGGACAACGUUACUGGGAACAAUGCGUGCGAACAGGAAGGAAUUGCCCGCAUUUGCAAAAACAACAAAAGAUAAUUUGCAACUUCUUUCAACAAUGGCAUACAAAUCAAAUGACUAUACGCUAACGAUUUAUAAAUCAAAACCAAGAAAAAAAGUAGUGAUACUGAGUACCAAACAUAAAACCGUAAAAAUCAAGAACAAUAGGAAGAAGACACCCGAAACAAUCAUUUACUAUAAUAAAUCUAAAUUUGGCGUCGAUAUAGUUGACCAAAUGGUGCGAAAGUAUAGCGUCAAAUCGAAAUGCAAUAGAUGGCCUCUGCAGGUAUUUUUUAAUAUUUUGGAUUUCGCUGGAAUCAAUUCAUGGAUACUCUAUCAGGUAACAACUGGGUUGAAGCUAUUAAGGUAA